AUGGCCCCCAUGAAGUUGCACUCGCGCGUACUGGCCAUAAGCGAGCAAGCAUGGAAGCAGGCAAACGAGGUUCGGUUCCUCGAUUGUCAGAAUCGAGGGAGACUGGCCGGCACAGUGCUUUACUAUGUACCUUUGCUGCAUGUGAUGGCAUCUCUACUCUUGCAUCACAACGCCAAUGCCCGUCUUGAAACCGUCGACGCCGCGUCUCAGAUGGCACGCACUAAUUCCAGGUUCUAUGCACUCAAUGCAGCCCGACGAGGUUUGAGAAUGACGUCUGGCUCUCUUCUAGCACGAGUGCUCAUACUCGUACUUGCACGGGCACAGGUGCUUGGCAUCGCAACCGAGAGCGCCAUGGAAUUCGAGACUGGCCCUCCCUCGAUGGAGGGCACCUACGAGUACUACAGUACAGCACACACUGACGGCUCUGAAACGCACCAUUUGCCUGUCACCUUGUCUGGAGUAGCAUGGGUGAGGCGCCAGGGGCAUGUGGGGCCCGGCCCAGAUGAUUUUGCCUAUCUGCUGCGAACGGAGCUUUGUGCGGAGGAUAACACAAAAGCUGUAUCGAUGCAGCCCCCUUGGCGUCGCGGUUGGGGAUCACCAUGCAGAGUUGCUGCGUACGGAAUGCAGGCUCAUCAGAAAGCCCGGCGGCGCGGAGCCCCUUUCCAGCAGAUGGAGACGCUCUGUUCCGGAGCUUUUGCAAAACUGUCUAUUGAAAAUGAUGAGCGCCAGCCAGAACUGCUAGCCACUGCCUCCCUUGCGUAA